AUGAUGUCUCCCUCUGUAUACAUAUUACAUAAAUACACUCGUUUCUGAUCCUGAAAAUCUGGCGCGAGAAGACAGAAUAUUUAGUAACAAGCAGAAAUAAGUAGAAAAGUGAGAUAAAAUGAUAUUUUAAUGGUUAUUUGAAGAUUCAUAAUUUGAGAUUCUUAAUGUAUUAAUUUAAGUCAGAAAAUGGUGAGACACAAUAACCAGUUACCAGAUAAUCUUCCACAAUUACAAAAUCUUAUUAAACGCGAUCCAGAAUCUUACAAGGAAGAAUUUCUACAACAGCACCAACAUUAUAAGUCCAUUUUGGAAGUAUUUCGUCUAACACCCAACAAAUUCAAUAAAAGUCUUGAUGAAAUAGUUAUCUUUCUAGCACAGGUGGCGCAUUGUUACCCAGAUACAUUACAAUCAUUCCCUCAAGAAAUCAUUGAUGUUCUGCAGACGUAUAAUACAGUACUUGAUAAUGACAUGCGAUUAACGUUUUGUAAAGCUCUAAUUCAACUACGUAACAAGUCUCUUUUGGAACCCACUGUACUUCUCAGUUUAUUCUUUCAAUUGCUGAGAUGUCAGGAUAAAAAUCUGAGGCAAUUCUUGCAGACCCACAUCAUUACUGAUAUUAAAAAUGUCAAUGCUAAACAGAAGAAUGCAAAAGUUAAUACAGUUUUACAGAAUUUUAUGUUUUCAAUGUUGAAAGACUCCAAUGUCAGAGCUGCAAAAAUGUCUGCGGAUAUUAUGAUAGAAUUGUACAAUAAAAAUAUUUGGAAUGAUGCAAAAACUGUGAAUGUCUUGGCAACAGGAUGUUUUGCCAAAGCAACUAAAGUUAUGGUCAGUUGUUUAAAGUUUUUUGUGGGAACCGGUGUGGAAGAUCGACAAUCUGAUGAUAGCGACAGUGACAGUGAGCCAAAUAUUAAGGAAAUUAUAAUGGCUAAUAGGGUAAAUAAAAAAACAAAAAAGCGUGAGAAACAUUUAGCUAAAGCAAAACAGGUAUUAGCGAAAUCUAAGAAGAAAGCGACGAAAGCCCCGAGUUUUAAUUUCUCGGCGUUACAUUUAAUUCAUGAUCCUCAAGGUUUUGCGGAGAAACUGUUCAAACAAUUAGAAAAAAAUAAUGAUAGAUUUGAAAUUAAACUAAUUACAUUGGAUGUAAUUUCUAGGCUCAUUGGUUUGCACAGUUUGUUUCUAUUGAAUUUUUAUCCGUAUCUUCAAAGAUUUAUGCAGCCACAUCAAAGAGAAGUGACAAAACUCUUACAAUUCAUCGCUCAAUCUUCUCACGAACUCGUACCACCUGAUGUAUUGGAACCUAUUUUGAAAACGUUGGCAAAUAACUUUGUUACAGAACGAAAUUCUGCCGACGUUAUGGCUAUUGGCCUAAACGCUAUCCGAGAAAUAUGCACACGAUGUCCUUUAGUAAUGAAUGCAGAUUUAUUGCAAGAUUUAGUACGAUAUAAACAUUAUAAAGAACGUAGUGUAAUGAUGGCUGCACGGUCUUUAAUCGCUUUAUUCAGAAAUACUAUACCAGAAAUGUUGCACAAAAAGGACAGAGGACGACCUACGGAGGCAACUGUUACUUUAGAAACUCAAAGAUAUGGUCAAAUAUCUGCUUUUGAAUUCAUACCAGGAGCGGAUGUUCUACUUGAUAACAAUUCAGAAGAUAUUUCCAAGAUUAACACUGACAGUGACGAUAGCGACGGUGAAUGGGUUGAUGUAAACCAUACUAGUGAUGAAGAUAAUGAUGAUGAUGAUGAUGGUCAUGAGCAAGAGUAUGAUGAUCAUGAUGACGACGAGGAGAAGGAGGAGGAGGAAACAGACGAUGACGAUGAGGAAGACGAAGAGGAAGAGAUAAAAUCACUUACAAAAAUGAAUGUCCAAAACAAUAAUAAAAAUAUUACAGAAAUAGAUAAAAAUGAACAGGUAAAGACGUUAAGACAAGAAGAUGACAUUAAAAACGAGAUUAUUAAAUCAGAUGUGAAUAAUACCGAUAUAGAAGAAACUCAAGAUGUAAAAAAUAGAAAUAAAAAGCAGCAACGUAGUAAGCUAACAAAGCUUGAAAGAAAAAAGUUAAAAUUAAAAAAACAAGAAAAUACCAUAUCAAAAAAGAAAGAAGAAAUGAUGGCAGAGAAAAAGGAAAAGGCAUCUGUAAUAUCGGUUCAACGAUUAUUAACCGAUGAAGAUUUUGUAAAAAUAGAUAACGCGCUAGCGAAACAACAAGUUACGUAUACCAAACGAAGUCUGAAGAGGCCUUAUCCUAAUGAUAACGAACGAGGAGAAUUUGUUAAAUUAACUGACAUAGAAAAUAUUUAUAAAAAACGAAAACAUGACAAACAAGCUCGCAUUGAAUCAGUGAAGAAAGGGCAAGAUGGUAGGGAAAAAUUCGGUUACAAAGACGGACGACAAAAUCAACUUUGCAGUAAGACGAAUCGUGAGAAAAAGAAAAUGAAAUCCUUUCAAAUGUUGAAGCACAAAAUAAAAGGAAAAGUGAAACGUUCUUUUAAGGAGAAACAAAUUGCUCUAAGAAAUCAUUUAAUAAAGCAGAAAAGAAUGAAGUAGUUACAAAUAUACACGUGUGUAAAUGUAUUUUUAAUGUUUAUACAUAAAA